GGAGGAUGCCCGGGCGCGCACACCGCCCGGCGCUGUCACUGCGCGCCCGGCCGCGCCCCGCCCCGCGCGGCGGGGCGGAGAGAAGCGCCCGCCGCGGUCAGUGGGGAAGGCGGGCUGGUGCUGGGCGCUGCCUUUAGGAAGGCUGGCGGCGUAGGGUGCAGAUGGGGCACCCCGGGCAAGCUCCGCAUGUGCGGCACAACUCCCCAGACGGUGACAAUUAGCGGCAGGAACGCCGGGGCAGGAAUGCGUGUGGAAGUGACCGGCUCUGGGGCACUGAUGGUGCUGCCUGUGACUUCUGAAAAUGGCAAUUCUGCCUUGAAGAUACUUUUAUAUUCUACUAAUUGCAGAAACCAAAAUUGCAAUCCUGUUUUUGGGUGGGGGACUACAUUUUGUGGAUUUCUCUAGAAGUUCUUCCUGAGCCUGUGAAGCAGCAUCUCUAUAGGUCCCCUGGAGUCCCUUUACUGUGAUCGUGCUACAGAGUUCACCUCUAAAGGGCGAGGCUUUCAGACCUGCAGUGCUCUUCAGACUGAGAUCCUGAGAGGCUGGACCUGGAAACCGAGGGAUUUCAUUGGAGAGCAGGGGGGUUUUGUGCUGACAAAAAGCCCAGUGUGAUCCUUAGAGCAGCCCAAGCUGUUUUCAUCUGAGAGGAGAACUUGAGCCAUUGUCUUAUGCUGGUACUGCAAUGCUGAGUUCUAGCUCAACUGCUGUGAAGAAUCUCCCUCUGAAGAGGAGGCUCUGUUUUCUGCUGAAACUUGUGUGCUUUGUCAGCUCAGUGUUAAUAUUUUGUGAAUUUUUAAUUUACUAUGUGGUAAUAUUUCAAUGCCGAUGGCCAAACGUGAAAGGUGGAGCUCACAUGACUGAAAAAGAGACUUCAGCUUCAGUCCUAAAGGCCAUAAUUUUAGCUGAUACACACCUACUUGGUGAAAUCAAAGGACAUUGGCUGGAUAAGCUAAGAAGGGAAUGGCAAAUGGAGAGAUCUUUCCAAACUGCCUUAUGGUUACUGCAGCCAGAUAUUGUUUUUAUUCUGGGAGAUGUUUUUGAUGAAGGAAAAUGGAGCUCACCUCAGGCCUGGGCAGAUGAUGUCAGGAGGUUCCAGAAAAUGUUCCAGCAUUCAGUUUUUACGGAGCUGGUGGUCAUCGCUGGGAACCACGACAUCGGAUUUCAUUACGAAAUGACUACUUACAAGGUAAAUCGAUUUGAAAAGGUUUUCAACUUUACUUCAGGAAAGCUGAUAACUCGGAAAGGAAUAAACUUUGUCCUAGUGAACAGUGUGGCCAUGGAGGGCGAUGGCUGUGCUGUCUGCCGUACCUCAGAGGCAAAACUUGUGGCACUUUCUCACAAACUGAAUUGCUCCCAGCAGAAACCAAAUCAUUCCAACAAAAGAUGCAGUGAUGUGGAAAAGCUUCCAGCUUCAGAACCCAUCCUUUUACAGCAUUACCCUCUCUAUCGGAAAAGCGAUGCUGAAUGCACUGGAGAAGAUUCUGCUCCUCCAGAGGAGAAAAACAUUCCCUUUAAAGAAAAGUAUGAUGUACUGUCUCAAGAGGCAUCACAAAAGCUGCUAUGGUGGUUUCAGCCCCGUUUGAUUCUCAGUGGGCACACUCAUAGUGCUUGUGAAGUGCUGCAUGCAGGGAAAAUUCCAGAAAUCAGUGUCCCAUCAUUCAGUUGGAGGAAUAGAAACAAUCCUAGUUUCAUCAUGGGCAGCAUAACACCAACUGACUUCUCCCUCCAAAAAUGCUUCCUUCCAUUUGAGAGCAGAGUCUUCACUAUCUACUGUGCAGCAGGUGCUCUGCUUGUGAUCCUGGUACUAGCUCAUGUUCAGCUUCUCACUCCACCGUUUUAUUUUGCUCAGCGUUUAAUCAGUAAGCAUAAAGCAGUAUGAAGAGCCAGACAUCUGCAUUCAGUCACUGAAAUACCAAAGCUGAGAACAGUCAAACAUCAGACUAUAUUCAUGCCAGCAAAUGACCUAAUUUGAUUGCUAGUCUGAAGGCAGGUUGCAUUUACACAUACCAUAGAAGUCCUAUACAGCUGAUAUGACUACUACAGGAUAAAUAAUUAACUGAAAUGAACGUUUCAUGCUGUACAAAAAUACUGUAUUCGACAAUCAAAUGAGUCCUUUUCCUGCUAUAAUUUUUGUAUCAAAUAUGUAUAUUAAAAGUGUAACUGUACAUUA